UUGUCAGUGUACACUAGUUUCUUAGUGUGCUCUAGCACACACUAGUUCGUCUGUACUUCUUUAAUUUGUCAGGGUUUAGUAUACAGUCUGUAAGUAUACUUCUAGUAUUUCAGUGUACUCCUUUAGGCUGUCAGUGUGCUCUAGUACACACUCUACGUUGCCAGUGUACACUAGUUUCUCAGUGUGCUCUAGUACACUGAAUAGUUCCUCCGUGUUCUCUAGUACACACUGGUCUCCAACAGCAGCAGCAGCGGCGGCUCGUCAUGUGAAUGUUGUUGCGGCUCUUCUUCUUCAGUCAUGGGCUUCUGCUACUGGACCCUUCAGCUCGGAGGAUCAUACGAGCCUCCGGUUAUUAAUGAUGAUUUACAGUCGCAGAUGGAGAAGUGUCCGAGGAAUGAAGGAUUUGUUUUUGCCAACUUUCGCCGUUUGUGAUUCGCGCUUGAUUUUCAGCAGCGCUUGGACUCAACUUCUCAUGCUAACUGAAGCUAACUCAAAUCAAUGCCAGAUUUGUCCUGCUCCCCAAGCGCUUCGUGAUGAAAUUCACGUUUUAUUUCAUUCCAUUUUUAUAUUUAACACCGUUUUAACGUCGCACUUGGAUUUAUGAAGUUUUUAUUCCCGGAAACCAUAGAGUUUAAUAUGAAUUCCUCAGUGGAUUUAUCGCUGAAGAGAGCGCUGAAAACUCCUCCGACACGACGGACUGCUGAGGACCUGAACAUCAUCUACACUCAUCUGUACCACAUGGACGUGUUGUCGCACCUCAGAGAACAUCAGCUCCGGUCCAUGUGCAUGACGGCCAGGUAUGAGUGCUACGAGGCCAGCCGUGUGCUCUUCUACGCUGACAGCAUCUCCACCUGCUGGUUCGUCCUUCUGUCGGGAUCAGUGCUGGUGAAGGAGCACAUGUAUCUGGCCCGGUGCUGUUUUGGGACACAGCGUGGAGGAAGACGAGGCUGUGAAUGCAUCACUCUAGAGCCGUCAGAGAUGAUUGUGGUGGAGAACGCCAGCGAAACCGACCACGCCGACUUACAGAGACACGGCUCGCAGAGACAGUCCCGCCGACGCUUCUGUAGGGUCAGCGCUGGCGGAGAGAGACAGAUGAUCGUGGACAGCCAGGACAACACUGACACGGUGAGUGCCUUUCUUCUGUUCCCGUACUAACGUCCCCACAAGUGUAGCAACACCAGUACAUCUG